AUGACCGAAGAAUUGAUUUUAUCCGGAGCUGAUGUUGUAAAGGUAGGCAUUGGUCCUGGUUCAGUAUGUACAACACGGAAAAAAGCUGGAGUUGGAUACCCUCAGCUGAGUGCCGUAAUAGAAUGUGCUGAUGCCUCGCAUGGCCUGAACGGUCAUGUAAUGAGUGAUGGCGGAUGCACAAAUCCCGGCGAUGUUGCGAAAGCUUUUGGUGCUGGAGCUGAUUUCGUGAUGAUUGGAGCAAUGAGGAAGCAUCGCGGUAGUGUAGCCGAAUAUCGCGCAUCAGAAGGCAGGACGAUUACAAUUCCUUACAGGGGAGACGUCUCGAAAACAGUACUGGAUCUACUGGGUGGACUGCGCUCCGCAUGUACUUAUACAGGAGCAAGACGGUUGAAAGAAUUAUCAAAACGGGCAACAUUCAUACGUGUAACACAGCAAACCAACGAGCAGUAUGCAGCGUUUGAAGUGUCUCCAUUGGAACUGCCAAAGCUGAAUGUUCAAAUUUGA